AUGCAAACAUUGACACAGCCUCUUUCACUGUGUAAUGAGAAAUGCCGUUCAGGUUACAGAAAGAGCAAGAAAGAAGGAGAACCCUUUUGCUGCUAUGAUUGUACUCCAUGUCCAGAAGGGAAGAUCUCCAACCAGACAGACAUGGAUGAUUGUUUUCUGUGCCCAGAUGAUUGCUAUCCAAGUAAAGAUCAUGUUUCAUGCAUUCCCAAACAUGUAAGUUACCUAUCUUAUGAAGAAAAUCUGGGUAUCAGCUUGACUGGUGUGUCUCUAGUGCUUUCCUUCAUCACAAUUUUGGUGCUAGGAAUCUUCAGGAAGUACCACGACACCCCCAUCAUCAAAGCCAACAACCGCAGCCUCUCCUACACCCUCCUCAUCUCCCUCCUCCUCUCCUUCCUUUGCUCUCUGCUUUUCAUGGGUAGACCCAUGAUGGUGACCUGUCUCCUUCGACAGACUGCUUUUGGGAUCAUCUUCUCAGUGGCAGUUUCCUGUAUGUUGGGCAAAACCAUCACUGUGGUUCUCGCUUUCAUGGCCACCAAGCCAGGAUCAAGGAUGCAGACGUGGGUGGGGAAAAGACUCGCCCUUUCCAUUGUGCUCUCCUGCUCCCUUAUUCAAACUAUUCUUUGUGUAAUCUGGCUGUCCAUCUUUCCCCCCUUCCCAAACAUUGACAUGAACUCUCUAAACAUUGAAGCCAUUCUGGAAUGUAAUGAAGGAUCUGUUGCAAUGUUUUAUUGCAUUUUGAGCUUCAUGGGCUUCCUGGCUAUUGUCAGUUUUGUUGUAGCUUUCCUAGCGAGGACACUGCCAGAUACCUUCCAGGAAACCAAAUCCAUCACCUUCAGCAUGCUGGUCUUUUGCAGUGUCUGGCUGUCCUUCAUACCUGCCUACAUAAGCAGCAAAGGAAAAUACCUGGUGGCCGUGGAGAUCUUUGCCAUCUUGGCCUCCAGUGGGGGGCUACUG